AUGCCAAUUCAGGAAUCAUGAAUAUUGAGAAUAUUCGGUGUAUUCUUGUGAAUGGUUGUUAAACGUUAGGUCAGGGACUCAAUGACUCGAUUUUCUUCUAACUGUUUUUAGUUUUUUUAGUACUCGUGUGUGACUUUAAAAUAUCACUGGAACUACCUGUCACAUACUCACAUAAUAUAAGUGCUACACGAACUUCCAAGUUCAUUAAAUUAAACACUUGAUCCUUUAAAUAAACAAGAGUUCUUUAAUCUAAUACCUCAAUUAUUAGUGCAAUAUAUUAUAAGGUUUUGGUAGUUAUGUUGUUUAUCGUGAUAAGUUGAAAAUUGUUUUAUUUUGAUAGGAUUUUAGUUCGUAAAAUCUGCUGACCUAAUAUGCUGGCUAGAAUAUUGUUGUGAAUACGAUAUCAAUUUGAUCUUAGGUCCUGAAAUAAAAGAUAAAUUUAUUAGACUUUGUAGGCAUUUGUCUUUCACAUGUUAAUUUUCAUGUGGCAACUUGUUAGCAAAAUAUGCAUUAUAACUAGUAGCAUAUAUGUAAGUCUCUAGAUAGUGUAUAGUGAUAGGUUACUCAUGUGAAUAACCUAAAAGCUUAGUGGGAUUAAGUUUACAAUCUUGACUGCUGCAAGUUAUAUACCUGGAUAUAAUUUAUUUUUAUUCAUAUCGCUGAGUGUUGGACCUAAUUAAUUUCAGAAUAUUCUCAACAGGCAAGAUUAGCUAUCCAUUUUUGGGUUAAUUAGAUUUUUAACCCUUUGUAGGCCUAGGAUUUGUAUAGCCUAGUACAGUUGUCCAGCUGUUAACUUGCAUGAACUAAUGAAUUUGUUUUUAACCAAGGAGUAGGCUACCAAUAGCUUUUGGUAAUUAUUAAUCAUCAAUCAAUUUCAAUUUUAGGGUUGCUUCAACAAUGAACAUUUAGGCUAAUUAAUGCAAACUAGGUGCUUUAACUAUUUAUUUAAUAAUCAAUUAGUGCUUUUGUUUAUUUGCUUGUUUUAAACAUUGGGUUUUAAUUGCUGCAGAUGAUUAUUCAUAUCAAAAAAUGAGCAAUACAACUAAAAAUAAGAAUUUGACUAAAAGCCAAUUAAAUGAAGGAAAUGAUUCUUUUGAUUCUGAAUUUGAUCUUUUAGAAUCAACUUUAAGUGAAUUGAAGGAAACUGAACCACAAUGUGAUAAAAGUCUUAGUAAGGAGUCUUACAAUGAGUCCAAGAUUAAAGAUAUUACGUCUAAACAAGCAGAUUCAAUGAAAUGCAGUAGUUUUGCAUUAAAUAAUUCCGAACCAUCUACUUCACUGACUGUUGAUUUCCCAUGUUCACAAAAAUUAGAAAUGCAAUUGGUUGAAUCAAGUAAUUUAUUUGUUUCAUCUACUGUUCAGCAUCUUAAGUCAGCAGAUUUUAACUUAAACGAAGGCCUAAAUAGUAAUAAUAAUAAUAAUAAUGAUAUAGAUUGUAGAUUAGAAGAACACUUGAUUUCGGGUUGUGAGAAAAUAAAUUCUGGUUGUAAAAUAUCUGUUGUGGAUUAUGUGAACUGUACAAGAAAUCAAAUGGAAAUUGUAAACCAUGAUGUUAAAAGUCAUAAAAAUAGUGAUAUUGUAAUAAGUAACUGUGAUAGCUCAAUGGAGGAAGUUGUAGCAGCGCACAUGUCUAAGUCGAAAGAGGCUGAUAAUGAUUUAGAUGUACUCAAUAUCCAGUGUUCUCCUAUUGCUAGUCCGGGCCCUGGGUCUCCUGUCGUUUCCAAUUCAGUGGAAUGCGAAUUUAAUAAAUUAAAUAAAGAACCACAAGAAAAUUUAAGUGUUCAAAUAAAAGUUGGUGAAAAAUGUCCUACUGAUGAACGUAAUGAUAAACUAAACGUUAUGUGGUGUGUAGAUACCAAAUGUGAUGCUAUUUUAACCAAUAGUUCCUCUAACAAGUCAUCUCUGAAUGAUUGCAACAGUUCAGAAAGUAACUGUAUACCGGUAAUGUCUUUACAGAUUUGCAGUAAUUCUGAUGUUACUUCUGAUAAAAUAACUAAUGAAGUUGAUCAAAAAUCAAAUUUAAAUCUUGAUAAUAAUUGUGUCAACAUUGUUGAUGAAAAACUUCCUGAAAUAGAAAUAAAAGAAGAAAAUAUUAUGAAAGAUGGAACUAAUAUUUAUUGUAGCACCCCUAACAUGUCUAAAGAGAAAACAACCAUUCAAGAAGAGGAUUCUUUGAAACAUGGAACUAACUUUGGAUACAUUUCACCAUUAGAUAAAGCUCAUAUUAGAAAAAAAAUGAAUCUUAAACGUAAAAAUUUAGGCCUUGAAUGUAUAGAAGAAGUUGACGAAUGUUUAUCAGAUAUGCCAGAGGAAAAGAAAUUAAAAAUUGGAAUUGUUAAUGCAGAUUCUAAUGUUCAGGACAAUGAUAAUUCCUCAGCUAAGACAUGUUUUGAAACUCCAGCUAAGUCAAUAUUGAAGAAGUGGCAACCAAGUUGCUUUUCUAGAAGCUCCGGAUCUUUUCUGAUACUUGAUGAGUGUGGAGAAAAUGACGAAGAAAGUAAUGUAAAACCUGACGAGGUUAUAGAAGCUGUUAUGCCCGAUGAUUUUGAAGUAGCAUAUAAAUCAUUGACAGAGGAACUAAUGAAAAGUUCAUCAAAUAAUAUUGAAACUUUAGAAAAGUAUCAUUCUCAAGUCCAACAUGAAAAUCAAAUCGAUGAUGAGAGAUUUGAUGAAGUCAUCCAGGAACUAACUUUAAAUUAUGAGUUGGAUGAGAGAUCUUCCAUUGCCUGUAGAUCAUUGAAAUGUGACACGAAUGAAACAGAGCAUCCUAAUGAUUCACUUGAAAGUCACCCUAAAUUUGAAGGUAAACCCAAUGAACACAUGAAAGUGACUGAUUUUAUUAAGGCAAGUAAUAGUAGCAAAGAAGACAGCCAACCAAAAUAUACUAAAGCAAUACAAACUAGUGUGGUCAGUGAAGGCAGUUCAGGAAAAGAAAAUGCUCCAGCUGAAAGUUCUACCUCAAAAGCAGUAGAAGUUUCCACUAGUAGCAAAGAUAAACUUGACACAUCUGACCCUGAAAAUGUGACAAUUCUCUAUGGUGAUGGAAGGGAUAUGACAAUAGAUGAGGAGGAUUUUUUAUUGGAAGAAGAUACAAAUUCCAAGAAAAAACCGUACGAAUUUUUUGAAUUUGUUAGCACAGAUCCUCAAGAAAAUGAAGACAACUACAACCCGGAGUGGCAAAAAUUAGGUCAAUUAACUUCGGACGAAGAAAGGUACAAAGCAGUUAGAGACAGAUGGCGCAGUUUGGUGCCUCCUGAUCCUAAUCGAGAUCUUACUUGUCGCCAAUGGAGAGAGAGAAAUCACAAACCACCGCUGAAUUUUCAGUCCCUAAAUAAUAAUCAUCAGAUGUAUAUCGAAAAUGAGAGAAAUCAACUAUGUACGGCUGUAUUUGAAAUGAAGAUAAAGAAAAUGUUACAAGAACUAGAAGACAGCCGAUUGAAUAUUUUUAAUCGGAGGACAAAGGAUUUCCAGGACCUGGCUAGUGUUCAAGAUAGAGAGCAACUGAUGGUGUGUAACAGAGGUGGAAACAGAGCCGUUAACAACUUGGACUUGGCUGUCCUGCGUAAACACCAUAUUCAGGAAUGCUGUGAGUUGAAAAAUAGAUAUGAUGAAGAGUUUAAACGAAUUUCGACCAUAACUGAGGAGAAAAUAAGAAUCUUAAAAAAUGCAAGUGAAGAAGUCCUGCUGUUCCAGAAGUUUUACAGAGGCGUAGGUGCCGGUGAUGAUAAGGUCUGCCUGUACAUGACAGACAUCCAAGUGCAAGAGCUCAUGGAAACUGAACAGAUGUUGGAGCAAUAUUCUAAGUUUUAUCAAUAAGAGUUUGUUAACUGACUACCAAGCCCAGGUGAAAUACCAGGUUAUAAAAUGAGUUUUUAUAAAUUUUGUUCUUUGAUAAUUGACAAACACGUUUUAAAAGACUGAUAUUAAGGAUUUGAAUAUUUUGAUAUUACUUCGUAAAUCCCCGAAUACGAAGAAAAAAUACUGUAGUACCUUUAUAAAUUGUGUGUAUUAUUUGUGUGAUAUAUUUUUUAAACUUUAAACAUUAUAAAUAUAUAUAUUGUAUAUAUUAUUAAAUAUUGAACCAAUAAUUACUAGUUACUCAUUUAAACAUUUAAGGUUUGUUAAUUUUGUAUACGUUAAUAAGAAUAUAAAUAUUUUAUUUCAAUGCACAAAUGUAUUGAUAUACUCGGCAGAUAGGUUAUGUUUUAAACAAUCCUUCCACGAUUUCCUGAAAUUAUACUACAUUAAUUUGAACAAAAUAAAAUAACUCCAAAUAUAUAGGACCUGUUACUCUUUGAUAGGUUUUUCCAAGUUGGGUCUCAGUCAGACCUCAAGUUGUAAUACAUGUAAGGACAUUUUUAUAGUCUUAACAUUAUUUCUGGCUAAUUAUCAUUAAAAUUUAUAAUAUAAACAGGAAUGAUACUAUGCGUUUCUUUACUUUUAUCUGAAUGUAAUGUAUUAAUACCCUUUAUGGAAAACAAAAGUUUCUGUACUCUGGUACUACAGAAACUCUGGCACUAUAAAAGUUCACAAUUGAACUGCUUCUAAAUUUUCUCCUUUGGACUUAAAAUUUAGCCAUUGCGUAUAGCUUAAUAUCAUUUCUGGACUGGAUUGGGAACCUAAUGCAUCUUCAAGUAUCACAGGCUGUAGUAUUAAGCAAAUAAGGGGUGAGAUUUGCCCAACAAGUGAAUAAUAAAUUUGGGGAAGAAUUGUGUAGAUCAAAAUUGAAUAAACGUUAUUUCUAUAAGUAGUUCUCAGAUCAUAAUACGUUGAUCCUCCACUAAAAGACAAGUUGAUCGAUACAUGUUUUUAUUUCUUAUAGGUCAACCAGAAAGAGGCUUAUUGUUCUCAGUAGAGCAACUAUUAUUAAACCUGUUGUACCAUUUUUGUCAUCCGUGUAACAUGUAUGGUGACAUUUUAAAAUCCUUUUGAACCAUCUGACUAGUUGCAGUAUAAAAAUCACCAAGUUUUUUUGACAAAAUGUGAUCCAACAUUGCUGUUUUGAUGUACAAGAUAAGUUAAAAAUACAACAAACAUUCAUUAUAACUAAUAUUCAGUUGUAUAGAUUGAACUUAUCAUUUGCUACACAUGCACCUGCAUUGGUAUGCCAUAUUCAUUAAAUUUGUGUUUUUUAUAUGCAACAAAAUAAGGUUAAAUACUGUUUCAACUGAUUAAGAUUAGUUUCUCUGACAGAUAAUAUAAUAUGACACAAACAGUCCAGCCUGUGUACCAUCUUUUCUUGUGAUAAAACAGUCCAAGGUAAUAAGUAGCAGUGAAGUUUAUAAUAGUCACUUGUGCAGAAUAUAAUAUUACACAAACAGUCCAGCCUGUGUACCAUCUUUUCUUGUGAUAAAACAGUCCAUGGUAAUAAGUAGCAGUGAAGUUUAUAAUAGUCACUUGUGCAGGCUUAUAAUUUUUAGGACUUAAAAAAAUGUUUUGGUCGCUUAAACUGUUGCCGAGCUAAGUUUAUACAACAAAUUCAUAUUUUUGCGUACAUGUGUUUUUAGAUUGUAUAUUAUUUGUUGGAAAUAAUAAUUUAAUAAUCGUUUUUUAAUCUUAAAUAGAAUUUUAUUGUUUAUAAUAAUUUAACUAGCUAAAAGUUUAAUAUUGACACUGCUCGGAAAUUAAACUAAAUUAUGUACCAUAUUAAAGAUACAACCUUGAGAUCCUCAUAUAAAUGAGUAAAUAUGUAGCCAAAUUCUUUUUUAGAAAAUUGAACCUGAAAUAAUCUGAAAAUUCUGUUUAUUUACUUAUAGAUUAAAAUACAAUUUUGUCUGAAUUUCUGGUUCAAGCAAAAAGGACGACUUGGGACUUCUUUCUGUCACACAUUUUGUGUUUCAGUGUUCUAUACAGUUAUACGAGUUAGAAUUUUUGAACAAUGCAACAGAUUUUGUGAACAUAAUUUCCAGUAUACCUAAUAAGAACACAAAUUUAGUUUUUAUUUUAGUGUAAUAAAUUUAUUUUGAAAUAUAUAUCAUCAGAAAAUAUAAAAAGUAAGAGGCCCCCUUCAUAUAGUGCUUAUCAGUUUCAAUAUGAAGGAUAAGCCAUUUGCACUGUAACUUAAAUGGCAACACCUCAUUAUUAUAAGCAUAAUCUUUAAUAUCUGGCAUGACAAAUUUUAUGAGGUUUGAGACAGAUUACAGACACUAGGUGGUGCAAAAAUACGUUUCACCAAAAUGAAUGUUGCUAUUUUAAGUAGCGUAAUGGUUAUGUCAGGUUUGUUUUUUUUUUUAAUAUUAUCCGGACAUCCCAAUAGGUUUACACCUGACAUAGAAUUGUUAAUCUGACAUUUUUAUUGAUAGAAACUCAAUUUUUCCUAGUUACAUAUAAAUAAACAAAGUUCUCAGUCCCAUAUCGUAUUUAAGGAAAACUAUUAUGUCAUUUUGUUUAAAUACUUGUUUUUGAUACUUUAGAUACAAUAAAACAGAAGAACUUCUUUAUUGAGAUAAAUUUAGAGCCAACAACAGCCUUAACUAUCAAUGCAUCUUGACUAAAAGUUAAAGACGAGUGCUUGAAGUAGCUGAUAGCUGUGAGAAUUACCGAAUAGAGAACCAGCUAAGUCUGUUUAGAAACACAUGGCUAAAGAGUUAGAAAACCUUCUAAUGUCUAAGCUUGCUAUAUGUAUUAAAUUUUGAACUAUCAUUUCUUAUUUUAAAGUAUGCAAAUAAAAUCAAGGUCAUAAAACCAACAGUGUUAACUUUACUGUUGAUUUUAAAGACAUGAUAUUACUUUUUUCCUAUUAUUAAAUGAGGGUUUUAAUUUUUAUUUGUGAAUUAAGAUUAUGGGCAAAACUGUCAUUCAGGUAACAUACUACUAUUAAUUACAAUAGCAAAACUACAUGUAGGUAAGCAAUAAUAAUAUACUGCAUCUAAUUAUGCAUUAUGAUAUUCUGACAAUAUUGCUAAAAAGAAUUUCUGUAUACAAAAUUGUUUAUUUAUAAUAUUUGAAAAUAAAUCAUCUCCAACUAAAAGGAAACAUUCUGUUGCUGCUCUGGAGUUAUUCUGGCUGCUUGUUAUCUAGCAGUAAAUGAAAGAAACAGUAGUUAUCACUAGACUAUUGAGUAAAAAUUAAACUUUAUUUUACUAAUGUCACAAAAAUUGUAUUUUAUUUAAAUUUUAUUCAAGAAAAUGGUACAUACUUUGAAGAUUAAAAAAGGUUCACAACUAAAAGAGAAAAUAUUUAGCAAGGUAGUACUACAAAGACAUCAUCAUACAGUAUACCUGCCAUGCAAUCCUCAGAUGAUAUUUUGUAAAGGCAAAGAUAUAAAUAAGAUUCCUUGGCUUCAUUUAUUGAUUGAAUGCUUUUAAUCAAGACUAAUCAAGGCCGGUAUAAUGGUUUGUGCAUGUACAAUAAAAUAUUUAUGUAACAAAUGAAAAACACACAAGCAAGUGUUGGUUGCUAAAGACAUUUUGUUAUUAAUGAAGUUCUCUAUUUUGUUUUUGAUGGAUUUCUAAUGUUUCAUAUAAUUUAUGUUCUGAAACACUUAAACUGUUAUAGUUCUAAAAAAGAUCCUAGCAAAAGCAGAAAGUCUUCAAACUGUCUAUUUUUUAUCUUUAUAAAAUGUGAUAUUUUCUGGUUUUUUAGUUUUUGGCCAUUUUUGUUCUUUUGAUAUUAUCAUCUUUAUGUUUGUGUGUUCAGUCUUUGUGUUAUCACAUACAAGGUUAAUAUGUCUCAAGAAAAGUUUUAAGUUUGAUUUUAAAAAGUUUUGAUUUUUUUGUAGUAUAGUUGAGAUUGGACAAGAGGUUUUGAACCUCAGAAGUUUAUUGUUCGAUGUAAAAUAUUGUGUGGUGUUAUGAUCAGAUUUGUUGGUGAAUUAAAUUAUAUUGUGUAGGCUUUCACAGGAACAGAAAUGUGAUCUAUAUUUAGACGAUUCAUUAAAAAAGAUAUUUAUAAUCCAACUUAUAGAACUUAUUUUCAUUUGGAGAGUGAUUUUAUUUCAGUGUUUUUUACUUACUUUUAAAAUCUAUUUUAAUUUCAAUUCAUACAUGCUAAUAGCAGUUAAUGUUGAUUAAUAUAAUUUGAUAAAAGCCUAAUCAUAUGUAUAAUACUAAUGUUAUGUGCCAUAUUAUGUGAAAUAACCAUUACAGUUCUAGCUAGGUAAGUUCUGGCAAAUGCCAUUACAAAGCAACCCAACUAAAGACACAAUUAGAGUUCAUUCAUUAAGGGUGAGAGUGUUGCUCUGCCCAUAGCGUGGCAAGCCUCUUUAGUUGUGACCAAUCAUACAGAGAAACCAUCAAAAGUCAACAUUGACUGUGCAAGUUCCUAGAAUAUCUGCACGGAGUUCACAAGCGGUCUUCUUUGCCUAGUAAACAAUUUAUUCCAUCAGCUUUUGCAGUUAUUUGAUAAAGGGGCGGCUACAACUUCACAUAGCCAGUGUUGGUGCUGCAGUUACCACAACAUGGCAGUGGCAGUCGGCGCCCCAACACUCGAUGAAUAGACUGUAGUUCAUUACAUGUGUAUUUUGGUCUCUUAAAACCCAUCCAACUUGAACAAACUCGAUUUAAAGUUGAGGUAAAAAUAAAAAAAUGAAAGGAAUUAAUCAGUAUAAUGUCAUUAAGUUUUCUACUUUCAAAUACUCACAGGAUAAACUGGAAACAUACGCAAAAAAGGAGAGACAAGCCAUGAAAGGGCAGAAAGAAGUGAAAUUAACAGAAUAUUGACUCCUACGAAUUCAUCCAACCAUCAUUUCACUGACUUUUUCAAUAAAUAAAUCUAAAUAUUUUCCAUUUAUUAACCCAUUGCGGAUCGAUUUUUUGUCCAUCAGUGUUCCAGCUAGUGCGAAUUAAUUUACAUAUUGUGUUGGUCGGCAGCAGAACUAAUGCCGUGCCAGAUUGAACCUCCCAUUGUUUUUGUUAUUAUUUAUAAUAUUACUAUUAACAGCACAAUAAUACACACAACUGAUAGCGUUAAAUACAAAACUUUUUGCUGUUGUAAAAACAGCUGAAGAAAAUAGAUCUGUAGCGAUACAUAGCAAAAAGUGAAUUCAGCUGAUUCUUCAAUUUCUAGCUAUGAAUAUUUAUAUUACAUAUUAGAGAAAACUAAAGAAAGAUUAGUAUUGAUACUCACAUUUCAACAAGACAUAAUUAGAACUAUAUGGAAUUAAAAUUAAAAGAUAAACACUUUGGGGGUCCUGAGCUGGUCAUUGUACCACAAGGGUGCAUGACGAGAUAUAUCGUCAGUGAUUCGCAAUGGGUUGAAAAUAGAAAAACACCUUGUUCAUUUUUUUAGGAAAAUAAUAUGUUGGUUGCAAAAAAAAUUAAAUUGAAGGGAAAAAGUUUUAUUAUACAUACAGUAAAAUAAUUCAAAUCAGACCGAUCAAACCACAAUACAACACUAAAUUAUAACAGAGUUAUUAUCAAUUGUGACAAGUUACUUUGGGGGAGCUUUAGUUUGAAUUAGUUUUUAAAUUACAUAACUACACUAGAUUUUAUCAACCAAUAGUCUUUCUUUCUUUAUACUUCAUUAUAAAAAAUAUGUCUAAAAUUUACUUACAAAUAUUUAUUUUAAAAAGUGUUAAAAAUACACCUUAAGUUUUUUUAAAAAUAAUUUAGCACAAAAUAAGUCAUAACAAUUUAUAUAAAUUAGUAAUUUUAUCCGUUUAGUGCCAACAUUAAUAUUUCUCAGUAUUUUUAUAACAGGUGUAGGUGUAAGAAUGUAGUGCUCGAGGAGUGAAAAUCUAAUAAAAUAAAAUCAUGGAGGUUCAAUUAACAGAUAAUAACGUUACUUAAUCAAGAGGCUGUCUUUUACAGUAGAAAAUAAAUUAAGUACGCUACAGAUGACGACAUUAAAGGAUUCAAUAGUAAUAUAGCUUAACAGGUCUGUUUUUGUUUACAGUACUGUAGUAAGGUUAUUGGAGCAUAAAAAUAUUAAGGAAGAUGGAAAUUUAAGUAAAGUUAAUUUAAAUUAUGUCAAUUCUAUGUUUUGAGCUAGCCUGACUUAGAUUGUAGAGAUAAUAAUAAAUUUGGCAACUAUCAAAAUUGGACAUUUAAAAAAAUGUAAGUAAUUAGCUCUUUUAUUGAAUUUCCAUAAACUGCUUUAAUGUAUAUAAUCAUUGUAUUUAUGUGACGAGCCCUUACUCUUAAGCCCUUAAUAAGUGUAUGAAACCCGCUAGAAUAUCAAGGUAUGCUCUUAUUGAUUGGUGCUACUCCAAAAUAAAUUACUUGUAUGUUUGACAAAUUACCACAAGACUGCGUGAAUUCCAAAAGUAUUUUUAACGGUAUUUGAGAACUUAGAUUUACUCAGUGCUCCCUAGCUUUAAAUUAAGGGAAUGUUUUUUUUUAUAAGGCGAAAUAUUAUAAUUUGUAUAGUUAUUGAAUAAAAUUAUUUUAUAGUUGAGCCAACUAUUAUUAAAUAGCCUGUUGUGAGGAUAGCACUGCAGUGAAGUAUUUAACAUUACAUUACUAUCCUAGCAGACACAGGCUAAGAGAAAGGUUCUUUUGAAUAAUACAUUUUUGUCAGCAGAAUGUUGCAGCAAUCCUAGGCAUUGUUAUAAAGUUUUCAAUGGAGAAGUUUCACAAAUCCUUAUGUUAUCAGGGUUGUAAUUAAUGAAUACACUAGUUAUAUUUGAAUUUUGCUCAUCCUAUGCAAAAUACAAUAAGGUGCACAGAUAUGUCAGUAGUCAGACAAAUAAUCUCUCAAGCACAAAACACUAUAAUAGAAUGAAAAGUAUUUUAUUUGUAUUUAAUGUUCCAUUUAACUAUAAGCAUUAACAUCACUAUAUUAUGUUCAUUGUUACCUACAGUAUCCACGUUUCUUAGGACUUGGAAAUGUUGUUAUUUUGUGAUGUCAUAUAUCCAGAUUUGGUUUAUUGUUUGGAUUUAUCCCAGAUUAAUAGUUUCAUGUAUGUACCUGCUCUACAGAAUGUUGUUGACAAAAGUAAUAAUUCUGUAAUUGUUGUGUAUGUACAUGAUGUAUUUGUAACAUUUUGACCAUUUGUGGCUCUAAAUAUCUAUAGGAUCUUAACUGUUUUUUUUUGUAACUGUUUAUAAAAGAUGACUAUUAAUUUCUGUUAAUUUUUUGCCACUGUAAACACUAUAAUUUAGUGCCUUAUUUGCCUGUAUUAGCAAUGGGUGUUAGUUUACUUGUAGUUUAACUCCUGUUUCCAUUUCAAUAUUUUUAUAUAUCACAAGACUUUGUAAAAUAAAUUGUUGAAGUAAA